GGUGAUGUAAUAGUUCAGUCCUUAAAUUGUGUGUGCAGUCUCACAUUCGAAUACUCUUAUACUGCAUGGCUUACAUGGUUUUCUUCCUGUAGAAAUAGUCUUAGCUAUGAGGCCUCACUUGCUCUUCUUCAUGGUCCUUCUUCUUAGUGGUUUUUCAGAAAGUCAAAAUCUCAGCUCUGUGACUAAAGUGUGUGUACAGAGUGGAAAAAGCAUCACCAUUCCAUUCCUCUAUGACCAGAAGUACAAAGGUUACAAGAAAAUCUGCCAACGAGGAACUGGAGCUGUAAACCAUCCAGACUGGGAGGCUGAAGUACAUAAUGGGAAUAAUAAAAGCUCUAAGACCAUGUCUAUGUCUGAUGAUGUCACCAACAGCAUUUUCACUCUGACUGUGAUGAUGGAUGUUGGAGUGCAGUAUACUAACGUGAAUGUUAAGAAAUAUAGUUGUGCUGUUGCAGGAGGUGGGCCAACUAAUGAGAAAGUGUUCACAUUGUUAGACACAGAAGAUAUUCCAGAACUCCGUGUUCAGAAUCAAACUGUAUUUGGAUAUGAAGGUGGGACUGUGGCUGUAGACUGCCUCCAUAGAAACCUCACUGGAGAGAAGAAGUGGUGCAGAAUUGAUGGAUCUUGUUUGAAAGUUGGAGAAGGGAAUGGAAUGUUAGUGGAGACAGCAGAUGCAGCAGGAGUGUUCAAAGUGACUCUGAAGAACCUCCAGGAGAAGAACAGCGGCUGGUACUGGUGCUCUGUGGGAGAAUCCCAGAUGCCUGUUCACAUCACUGUCAGUAAGAGGACCAUUCUUCACACCACCAUCACUCCAACACUCCAGACAUCUCCAACAACAGAGAUGUCUAAUAACAGUUCAGCUGAUAUUGGUGGUACCACUAAAAACCCCAAUAAAGAGCAAACUGAAUUAAUCAUCUACUGUCUCCUGGGAGUUACACUGCUGUCCGUUAGUACUAUAGUAUGGUUCAUACUGAAAAAGCACAGUAUGUAUACAGUACUGAUAUAUCUACACAAUGUACUGUAGGUCUGGGCAUGUGGUUUCACCCAUGUAGCCCACGGACUAGGAUGAUAAUAUUGCAUUCAACCACACUUUGCAAGGCCUACCACAAAACAACAUUACCAUUA